AUGUUUAUUUUAAAGGUUGCACCUUUAUUUUUUAUGGCCUCUCUUGUGGUGGCCGAGAAAAAAAUCAAGUUGCAAGAUAUAGAAGAAGAUAAUUUGAGAAGUGAAAAGGAAUCUCAAUUAGAAAAAUCGGGAGCACGAUCUCUAGAGCCAUCUUCUGUUAGUGCACCAGGUUUACCACUUGACUUUUUGAAAAAUGGUUACUUCCAAUAUUACAAGGAACCUGAACAAUCCCCCCAACAACAGCGUUACGUUCAUCAGUAUGCAGUUACUGAACAGCCUGAGAGACCGCUUGUAACACCAACGCCUCAAUAUGGUCCACCUGCUCCGCAACAAGCUGUGGUAGGGUAUUUGUCUAAUGUACCAAUGCAACUAUAUUUAUUACCUCAGUACUACAAUGAGCCUUCAGAGCAAGUGGCCCAUCAACAACCACAUCCUGGUGUUCAGUUGCCUUCACAUACUGUAGCUCAGGUUUCAGGCUAUCAGGAUGCAACUCACGCUCAGCAAUCAGGGUAUUAUGAAGUGCCGGCGUACGUAACACCAACCGGAAAAUCUUAUAUACAGCAAUACACUCAACCUUUAUCUUAUGUUACUUACGCUAAUCCCACUAUACCACCAAUUCAGUCUACUAUCACACCAGUAUUAACAUAUCAAAUGCCUGUUGUUCAUUACCCAACUGCUAUUUCUGCACCUCCACCUAAGGGCUACUACCAAAGCACACAGUAUCCAGACACAAAUGAAGUUCAAGAAAAUGAAGUGAAUAUUCCUAAACCAUACUCUAGUCAUAAUGACAUACACCUACCGAAUCCUUCAGGGUUGGGUUAUCCUAGAUACUAUAACUCUCGAACUCCUGUAACAGAAGGAUAUAGGACAGCUCCUGUUGAGCUUCCACAUCCAAGUCCUCUUCUUUUAAAGGCACCACCCUCACAUUUAGCUCAUAUUCCAAAAACUUUACCGAUGUAUAGACCUAUAACAAAACCAGUUUAUGCAACUGGAGGUGGUUUUUCAUCAAGCACUUUUACACAGAGACCGAAUGAGUCAUUCGGAGGACCCUAUAAAAGACGACCUACAUCUUUAUUAGAUUCAUACAUUCCAUCUAGCGUUCAGAUAGAAUAUAUGAAAAGAGGACAUGUGAAAGAUGCACUAUCUGCAUAUGAAGCAUUGUCGAGCGGUAGACAUUUGUCUCAAUCACAAUCGCAAGUUUAUCCUAGACACUAUGAGCGAGGAUUCUUACCUAAUCAAAUAUAUCAUACUGCCGGUGGUGGCAUUACAUAUGGACAUCACAAAAGAGCUCCCAAACUAGAUAAAAUUACGAAAAAA